AUGGGAAAGAAAAGACGUGGACCGACACUGGAUGAGCUCCUGGCUCGUCCGUGGUGCUACUACUGCGAGCGCGACUUUGAUGAUCUCAAGAUCCUGACACUUCAUCAAAAAGCGAAACAUUUUAAAUGCGAGCGCUGUCAUCGCAAGUUGAACACCGCGGGUGGUCUGUCGGUACACAUGAGCCAGGUCCACAAGGAGCAGCUUACAGAGAUUGAGAACGCCCUCCCAAAUCGUUCGGGUCUGGAUGUGGAAAUUUUCGGUAUGGAGGGUGUCCCGGAGGAUGUCCUCCUGGCUCACCAGCAACGCGUGGCGACUCAAUAUCACCAAGCCGAGGCUGAACGGCAGGCCGUCACCGGUAAUCCUCCAGCGGGCAGUGGUGGCAGUGGCCCCGCGCAUAAAAAGCCCAAGUUGGAAGAUCUCUCAGAUAUCAAGGCGCGGUUGGCAGCGCAUCGCGCGAAGCGUGCUGAAGGCGCUGCUGGCGGUAGCAGUGGGGAAGCCACGCCGAUAGGCGCCGGUCAAUCUACAUCUACUCCACCAACCUUCAAUGCCCAGCCGCCUGCUUCAGUCUCACCAGCACCGUCACAACAACCCUCAAUUCCCCCGACAUAUCCUCUCCCUUACGGAGCGGCCCCAGUUCCCGCCGUUUCACCAUAUCCUCAACAAGUUGCCAGUCCAGUGUAUCCGGUACACUCCCCGGUUGCCGCGUCACCGUAUGCGCCGCCUCCCGCGGGUGCAGCUGGUUAUGCCCCCGCUCCUUUUUCAUACAAUCCUCCGGCCGCCUAUCCACAAGUCUACGCUGGAGCCCCUGCUAGCCCCUAUCCUCCACCAAACAUCUCCCCCUCGGAUGCCAAUAUUCCGUCUCGGCCUGGAAGCCUGCCAACCCUCGCGGGUCUUCCACAACGCCCUUCUUUCGGUGCUCCGGCAAUCAAUGCGCAGCAAAUGCAACAAAUGCACAUGGGUCACCCGGCCCCGUCCCCCACCACCCCGGGCCAUGCCAACGGGGACGCCACACGUCAGACCCCUUCAAAUGUUGCUUCCUCUGUUGACGCUCUGAUUUCGAGCGCUUCCAAAGAAGCAACAGCGGCGGCAGCGAGCGAGAAGCAAACGAAGAAGGAAAAGUCCAAGAACAUCCGGAUGGUUUAUUCAGAUGAGAACAUCAGUCCCGAAGAGAAGAUGGCCAAGCUUGCGCGGUAUGCAUUCUCACGACAAGCGUUCCAACAGGAAACGGCCCUUGGCGAGAUUCCCGGCUCGAUUGUCGUGGGCACGAUUCGUGACCAGGACACGGUGGUCGACCCGGCGCACUAG